GUAGGAUAUCAACCCAUCCAUCAGUCCAUCCAACCAUAGAUCAUUAAUACCUUGUGUAGAUGUCUGACCACGAAGAAGUUAUCGAUAGCCAAGAAGUCGAAGUCGCCGUUGAAACCACUUCCGGCCAAAUGUCAGUUGAAGAUGCCCUUCAAGAAGUCCUUCGUCGUGCUCUUGUCCACGAUGGUCUUGCUCGUGGUUUAAAGGAAGCCGUCAAGGCUUUAGACAGACGUCAAGCUCACUUGGCCGUCCUUGUCGAAUCUUGUACCGAAUCUGAAUACAUCAAGUUGGUUGAAGCUCUCUGUGCUGAACACAACAUCAACUUGAUCAAGGUCGCUGAUGCCAAGAAGCUCGGUGAAUGGGCUGGUCUCUGCAAGAUUGAUCGUGAAGGUAACGCUCGUAAGGUCGUUGGCUGCUCUUGUGUUGCCGUUACCGAUUUCGGAGAAGAAUCCGAAGCUAUGAACGUUCUCUUGGACUACUUCAAGUCUCGUUAA